AUGGAUUACGCAGGACCACUUCUAUGCAAAUCCGACGAAAACAUACCAGCAAAGUAUUUGAUAAUCCUUCUAACAUGCCUGAAUACAAGAGCAAUUUACGUUGAUCUUGUUCCCGAUAUGUCCGCGAUGAAAUUGCUACACACACUCAGAAGAUUCUUCGCAACUGUCGCAUACCCGAACUGGAUUCUGUGCGACAACUCGCAAAUGUUCAAGUCAAUCGCGGAUCUACAAUCUUCCUUUACGACUGUAGAAGAAAGAGACCUGGACAUAAUCGACUACUGCGCACAGAGGAAAAUCGAAUUCAAAUUCAUUCCCAGCUUCAGCCCAUGGCAAGGUGGGUUGUACGAAAAAAUGUGUCAUACAAACAUGCACUACAAUCGCCUACUGGGAAUGGAAGAACUUCAAACCAUUGCUAAGGAAUCAGAAGCAAUCGUGAAUUCUCGACCGCUCACCUACAUCUCAGAAGAAAAUUACGUACCACCCUUCGCCCAAUUGAUUUCCUUCGACCAGGAACUAUUUUGUCUAUGCCACGACGGAGCUAAUCAGAAACGGAAUGGAACCAACAACAACUACCAGAGAUCUGUUAAUCGAAGGAUGGAAUGCCACAAACAAUAUACUCAAUCGCAUCUGGAGCAGAUGGUCAGCAGAGUACCUCACAAGCUUCUUAGAACAAUAUCGCAGGAAGCACCCACAUCCACGAUGUACCAACGAAUCUCUACCAAAGAAGAACGACAUUGUUCUGAUUCUAGACAAAAACCUAGAAAAAGGCAGUGGCAAAUUGGUCAAAUAAUAUCGUCAUCCGACAACUACCAACGUUUGGCAAAGGUCAAACUACCUUCCAAAAGAAUCAUCACAAGACCAAUUAACCUACUUUGCAAAAUGGAAAUUUGCGAUACAAAAGAAACAACAUCCAAAGAAGCCUCGCCACCAACUCCACCACGUGGACACCCAAUGAUGACAAGAUCGAAGACGCUCGCUAAAAAUGCUGGAACACUCCUCUCUCUAGCGAUUGUCGUCACAUUAUGUUCAACGACGAACGCAUCCACAAGGUGUCCGUCCGAGCUCAACAUUCCAAAGAAGAUCAUAUAUGCAACCAAUUGUGUAAAUCGAAGAGUAGCACUUGCUACAUAUUAA